CUCGUAUUGCAUUGCUGGAAAUCUUUUGUAUUGGAGGGGAAAUAUAGCAGCAGAAGAAAACGUGAAAAAUAGAGAAAUAUGGCAUCAAACAGGAAAAGAGGUUUCCAUAAAUGGACAAUUGAUUUUGCUGGUAAUCGGAGAUUGGACCGCCAGUUGAUGACACAGAGUACAGAGUUAAAACCACCAUUGGGAUUUAAUGACAACCUAAUAAGCACUCAGGAUAAUAGCAGCAAGGACUCUGACCAGAAACUCAUUGAUAAACGAUCAUGGGAGAUAGCUUUGGGACCACUGAAGCAGAUUCCUAUGAACUUUUUCAUAAUGUGGAUGGCUGGAAACACCAUCUCCAUCUUUCCUAUUAUGAUGGUUGGCAUGAUGUUCUUCAAACCAAUCCAGGCACUCAUAGCGAUCCAGACCACAUUUAACGUGAUAGAAGGGUCUAAAACAGUGCUACAGAAACUGGUCUAUUUAAUUGGCAAUGUUGUUUGUCUCGGAUUGGCUGUAUACAAAUGUCAAGUGAUGGGCCUGUUACCAACGCACUCCUCUGAUUGGCUGGCCUUUGUGGAACCUCAACAGAGGAUGGAGUGGUCGGGCGGCGGUGUCCUGCUGUGAUCUGUGAAGAUUCCUGUAUUUGUUGUACUGUGUUGACACUUGUUGUAUGUACUGUACCAAUAUCACCUGAAUGUGAUUCAGCUCCUGACACUGGACACCCCUGUGUGUUAGGAGUGCUAGACAGACAUCUACACCUUCCACUUUGAUUCAGAAAAAAAUCAUUGUUAUUUAUGAAAGUAAACAGAAAAAAUGUUAUACAUACUAGUGUCUACCAUUGAAAACUGAUUGAAGUCAUGAUACUCUCCAGUUACUGUCUUGCAGUCUCUGGAUUCCUGGCAGAAAAAUAAUGGAAUUGUAUACUAAUUUGAUUUAAUAGUCAGCUGAAUAUUUUAAUGUCAAUUUUCAUUAUAAUUGCAUUCAGACAUUAGUUUUUGGACACAUUUUUCUCAGAUUUUUGAUGUGUGAAUUCUGAGAAAGAACUAUAACAUUUGAUCAGGGACUUUUUUUUGUAUAUUUAUAAUUAUGACCAGACUAGCAAAAACAAAAAAUGUAUUCUGCAAAAUAAAUAGCAAAUCAACGUUCUUACCAUGGCUCUUUGUGUCAUGGUCACUAGACCUGAAGUAUUUAAAAAAAUACAUCAUGCAAAAUUGACUAAUCAAGCAAAUCCACAAAAAAAAAAGUGAAAAAAUAGACUUUCACUGCUCCAACUUUUAUUCACUUAUAUUGUAUUACAGUAGAAUAUCCAAAUAUAGCUUGUAAGCAAAUACUUUUUAUAUAUGGAAACAAAGCCAGUAAGACGAGUGAUACAUGUGAGCUAAAGAUUGAUGUACUUGUCACCAGUACAGGAAUGUAUUUGUAAUAUAUCUAUGGAUUUGUUGAUGUACUUUGUACAGUAAACAUAGGAGGAAGUUGGUUGCUUAUAUUGAAUGUGCUUUAAACAAAAACAUUACUAAGGGCUAACACCCAUACACUAACUAUUGGUGGUAUUUAAAGCAGUCCCUUUAUUAAUUUCGAAUGAGUAAUCUUUUGGUUUUGCUAAAAGGAAGCAUUUGAAAAUAUUUAUAAUACAGUAUGAAUUAAAGUAGUAAGGAAGUUUAUACAGAAUGUCAUACUUGAGAUGUUUUUAUAAUUUCCUAAUCAGAAUCUGACGGUGACAAUUUAUUAUCAUUGGUGUAUGCUGAAUGAACAUCGUUAGCUCUGGCUCAGAAUUAUAUUUGGAUCUACAUAUUUACAAAACAAAUUGAAUAUAAAUUUGUCAGUGUAGAUAUGUUUCUCAAUAAAGUUUCAACUUUAUCUUCAA